AUGACUGGAGUCGUUUGCGAUCAUUUCAAUUCAUGUUUGAUCACACCUCAACAAACGCUUCCAAAUAACUUCCAGAGCAACGGAAGUAAUGGAUUUAGCAACUGUGUAUCACAUGUUCCAUCUCAGCAAAGCGGGUUCAUUGUUGGAAACAGCUAUAACUUUUCUGAGGGGUUUUCAAUAGAUCCCUGUUGUAAUGUUAACACGAACCCCUUCAGUUCAAAAUCUUUCACCUAUAACAACAGCGACUUUAACUAUAACGGGAAUUAUAAAUUUUCCAACGACUACAGUUUCCACGAGGGGCUCAACAUGAAUCAAAAUAUUUUUGAUCAAACGAUCCCAAAUGAGGAAGGUUCUGAAUAUGUCCAAUUUGAAAAGAAUCUCGGUGAAGGUGAUGUAACACCUAAGCGUUAUAUCAGUGUUACUGCCACUAGGGUUCCACCUGAGGCUUUGGGCGCAGAUGAAAGGCUAUACAAUCUAACUCCUACUUUUUUUGCGUCUAACAAGGCAUUCAAGAAAAUCAAUAUAAACUCUGGAAGGUCGAUAUUCAGAAAAAGGAGGCCGGGUGACUGCAAGGGUGAAUGGAGUAAUGCCUUUGAUAAAGACUGUGAAAAUGGGUUAUUUGAUUUUGAAGAAUAA